CCACAGCUCGUUAUGAAGCCAUAGCUUUUUGUGAGUGAAAAAGCUCAAAAUGGGAUUGCAGUACUCCUUUUCGAUGCUUAGACUAUUCUGCAGGCUAUCACCUUCUACGCCCAAACUCCUUUCAGUCCUAACUUGUGCAUCAGCAAAGGUGAAAUAUUUAAGGAUAAGGGCAUUCGGAACAGCAGCCGUAGUCGUCGCCGAAAAGAACGGUGGCGACACCUUCUUCGCGGAGGAAGACGUUUCCUGGACGUCUCUGGGAGUAUCUGACCGCCUUUCUCGGUCUCUAUCUAGUAUUGGCCUUCAGAGACCCUCUCUUGUUCAGACUGCUUGCAUACCAAAUAUACUUUCGGGAGCUGAUGUGGUUGUUGCUGCAGAGACUGGUAGUGGGAAAACCCAUGGCUACUUGGUUCCAUUGAUUGAUAAGUUAUCUCAAAGUGGUGGUAUAUCAGGAGGGGAAGGUAUUGGUGAUCGGGAAGCCUCCAUGUCCCGUCAACUUUCUCUAGUUCUAUGUCCAAAUGUCAUGCUGUGUGAGCAAGUGGUUCGCAUGGCUAAUUGUCUUUGUGACAACUGUGGUGAACCAUUGCUCAAGGUUGCUGCUGUUUGUGGUCGACAGACUUGGCCAGUGAAAGAACCAGAUGUGAUGGUGUCAACUCCAGCUGCACUUUUAAAUUAUAUUUACACAAUUGACUCAGAGAAUUGCCACCGUUCUGAUUUUAUACGUAGUGUGACACAUGUGGUUUUUGAUGAGGCAGACAUGCUUCUUUGUGGGAGUUUCCAAAACCAAGUCAUUCGACUCAUAAAUAUGCUCCGUUUUGAUGAGAAACAAGCGUCCUGCUUAAAAAAGCCUGAAAGUGAGAUAGUGAUGGGCCCGGGCCCCAAUUCUUCUCCUUUGUAUGACCGUGAAGAGGACAAUGGAGAGUCACAAGAUGAUUGCAGCAACAAAGAAGAUGAUUCGGAAGAUCAUUCAGGUGUACCAGAGUCAGAAAUUGAUUGCAAGGUUGGCAAGAGAACAGAUCGGAGAAGAGUGAGAAAAACUUAUGCGAGAAGUAAGCAGUACAUUUUUGUAGCUGCCACACUUCCUGAGAAUGGGAAAAAAACUGCCGGAGGAGUGUUAAAGCGGAUGUUUCCUGAUGCAUGCUGGGUCAGUGGAAACUACCUCCAUUGCCACAACCCAAGGUUGGAGCAGAGGUGGGUUGAAGUUACAACUGACACUCAAGCUGAUACCUUGAUAAAUGCUGUAAAAGAUGGAAUCCACUCCUCUGGAGCACUUAGAACAAUGGUGUUCGCGAACACGGUUGAUGCCGUGGAAGCCGUUGCCAAGAUCUUGACUCAGGCAGGGAUCAAAUGUUUCUGCUACCACAGUAAUUGCUCUCUGGAGCAACGUACAGAAAGCUUAAUUGAUUUUCAGCAAAGCGGAGGCGUUUUCGUGUGCACUGACGCUGCUGCACGCGGUCUUGAUGUCCCAAAUGUUUCACAUGUUAUUCAGGCAGAAUUUGCUACAUCUGCUGUAGAUUUUUUGCAUAGGGUUGGCCGUACUGCCAGAGCGGGUCAUUCUGGCCUUGUGACCAGCCUGUUUACUAAAUCAAACAGGGAUCUUGUCUCCACCGUUCGUCAGGCUGAAAAUCUGGGGGAACCGGUGGAGAAGGACUUUAGUCGAAAGCGGGGAUUCCGAAAUAAGAUUAAGAAGAGAGGAUCUAUAAACAUGGAUGUUGUAGCAGCCAUGGAAGAACAUGUUCUCGCAUGAUGAAGCUUUGCCUUAUUCCGUUAGCCCGAUAUAUUGAUGCAUAUGCAGUUGAAGACUCCUAAUCAAUAGUUGGCUGUGAAGAUGAAGAGGAGGUUAAUUCGUGCGGGCCAAAGAAUAGGAGAGAAAGACUAUAUGCCUCUUGGCGUGAAAGUAAGGCCAAUAUUAUUUGUAAGCUUAUUUUUUAUUCAUUGUCUGAGACUGAACACUCCAUUCAUCAUUACUAGCUGACUGAGCAUAUCUCAAGUUAUUUGUGACUGAAAGGAGUGUAAACAUGUUUCCUCAGAAAAUUUUGAACCAAACUGGCAGGUCUUGUAAAAAAAAUCUAAAUUACUACGAGUAUAAAAACUGACAUGGAUAAUAAAAGCAAGCAAGCAGACAAACAUAUUUUAUUGUGACUCAAAUUUUUCUCCCAGCUGAACAGACAUGUAAUAGCACUACUGCUAAUAUCCAGAUACUGACCCCCAUAAGGCCAACAACAACAACUAAUAAUAAUAGCAACAUACACGUCAAUUAUUAACAGCAACGCAAACCAAGGUGAAAGUGACUUGCUUUUAUUUCAGGUUUCAAAUAACAAGGAAUGAGGUGAUCCCUGUAGGACAGUUGGGUGAGUAAGGGCAGGGUAGGGUAUGGUAGCGGGUAGGAUAAGGAGGGGUGGGGGCAGAUGGGAAAAUCUAGGGGCACUUGGGUUUGUUGCCAUGAGUCAUCAUGUCGGUGUAACACUUGCCACAGAGGUGGCGGUUGCCGUAGGUGCCAGGUGGAACACAUUUGCAUCUGGUGCAGCAGGUCCCACACGCUCUGCUGCAUACAUUUGGCCUUGAAUGCGCACUGCACCUCAGCUUGCACAGCCCUCCACAGUCUGCAUUCAUCAUUUUUCCUUUUUACAACUUUUUCGGUCGGGGAAGAUACUUUGAUGUCAAUCAGGAUUUUCCGAAAGGUU